GAAUCAACAUCGAUAGUUGCUCCAACCUAACAGACUGACAUCAUUCCCUCAGUGCAACCAAACAAAAUAAAGAGAAAUCGACCGAAAAUGGAGGCCCUGGACAUUCUGGAGAAGCGCAUCGAUGCCCUAACGCGAGUCCUGGGUCCCGUGCACGAGGCAGAGGCGGGAGAAGGCGUGGUGGACGCACUCUGCUCUGCUCACGCUCUUCUGGGCGAGGCGACCACAGGAAGUGUUCCACUGCAGCAAUGCGUGAAGAGAUCCGGUGAACUGGAGAAGUACCUCGAUCCCAACUUCCUCGAGGAGCAGCAGCAGGUGCGCUCCAAGGAGGUCUACCUGCACGCCGUUGCUCCGGAGUUGCAAACCCAGGCAGAGCAGCUGGAGAGGAUCAGGCAGCUGGAACCAGCUCUGGGUGCUGAGUACUUCCGCAGCAUUCCCUCCGAGUGUCUGGACCAGCUUAAGGGCAUCACCCAAAACAACGGGGAGUACGCCCAGCAAAGUGAGCUCAUUGAGGAAAGCCUGGUUUUGGCCAUGAAGCGGUAUGGUGAGAUCCAGGCGGGUUUGUUGAGCUCCUUGGACGCCAUGAGCGAGCGGUUGGACCAGGUGGAGGAGCGCAUGGAGCAGAGAAAGCGGGCAGAGCUCAACAAGGACGUGCCGCCAAAGGAUUGAGCGGAUAUCGCUCCAUAGACUGCUGAAAGUAUUUCAUACGGCCCCGUUUUCAAAUCCUUUCCCAUUCAUAACAAGAUAUUCCUAUUGGCAAGGUAUUGGUUCUUAAUGGAACUAAUAUUGGAUCGCAAUGUAUUAUUUCUGUUAGAAACUGAAAUUUGAUUGGAAUCGGACAAGAAAUCUGGGGUAUUAGAUUUUCUAACCACUAUAAGCAGAAAAGUGGAUAAUGAUGCUCUUUCAAUUGUAAGUUUCCUUUUUAAUCAUAUAUUUAAUAUAGCACAAUAAACAAAUCUAAUAAAAACAUCCAAUAUUAAUCGGAUGCCGACUUCUGAAA